CCCCGCUGAACACCUUCUUCCAACGACGUUGUGAUCCUCCCACGACCCCUCCCGAUCGAUUCAAUUCAAUCUUUCAUCUCGCCUCACCGCGCCCAUGUGCCAUUGAUCAUCGCCUUCGCCUCUGAGAACAUUCGAUCAAAUACAAGGCCAAGCACUGUUGGAGUCAAUAUUAUCGCGACUGUGUAACCCAAGCUUCCAAAGGGUACUUUAGUGCGCUUGAUCUAUACCGCCUCAGAUCCAAAGGCCGCGGGCGACAGUGUAUCGUCUUCUUGUUGCUUUGCUGCCCUUCCCCAAGUCCAUCUAUCGGACCGUCUUUGACGAGCAGGGUGGCUAUCUUUGCACGAGCCACGACCGCCUUCGAGCGGACAGUACAGAUAUCACUACUGCCUCACUUCCUGGCUCGCACCUCUUCAACUCCUUUUCUAGCCUCUGGACCACCGAACUCAGCUUUGCGUUUGAUACAACACUGGUCGCUCCCCUUCCACGGCCAAUCGCAUAUUCCUUUGCUCGCGGUGCAACCUUCGCGCCCAAGAUACACAGCAGAAACGAUGUCGGCGCCGUCCACGACGUCCUCUGCGAAGAGGAAACGGAACUCGGAGAUGAAGUUCUACGCGGUGAAAGCGGGGCACAAGCCAGGAAUCUAUCACACAUGGGCAGACUGCAAAGAGCAGAUCACAGGAUAUAAAGGCGCCAUCUACAAAUCAUUCGUCUCGUUAACCGACGCCGAAGCCUACAUCAAAGGUGACGACACUGUAGGCUCGCCGAACUCUACUCCCAAGAAGUACUAUGCUAUCCAGUGCGGUCGAGUGCCGGGGGUCUACACGGACUGGCCUUCUGCACAGAAACAGAUCGUCGGCUGGAUUAGACCCAAGCACAAGUCGUUCGCAACGCGUGCCGAGGCCGAGGCUUUCGUCGCAGAGGGUAACAAGCUUGCCGACCCAGUCAGCGUGUUUCCUCUCGAAACUUCUGCAUCACCGACUGCAGGCGAAGAAUCGCAAGAAGCAACCACAACCGCGGCGGGAUCAGGUGUAGGUGCCACAGAUGGCUCGGAUUCGGCACCGCCGACCAAGAAGGCGAGGACGACGAAGCCAAAGGCGGCCGUGCAGGCGCCAGCUGGACCUGGGUUUGACUAUCUCUCGCCAGAUGCGGAGGAUGGAUUUGACAACAGGAUCAUUAUGGACCCAGAGACGGGGCUGCUCCGGUACAAGACGCCAGCAGAACAGAGCGCCAUGAAGCUUAUGCCGAAGACGGAACAUCAUGGUGAAAUGCUGCACAUAUGGACAGACGGGGCAUGCAUGGGAAACGGUAAAAAUGGGUCAAUUGGCGGCGUAGGGGUCUAUUUUGGGCAGCACGAUCCCAGGAAUGUGUCCGAGCCGCUCGUCGGUAGACAGACCAACAAUCGCGCGGAACUGACCGCAUUGAAGCGCGCGCUCAACAUCGCGCCUUUGAACAGGCCCGUCACGAUUCACACGGACAGCAGCUAUGCCAUCAACUGCGUGACGAAAUGGUAUAUCAACUGGCGUAAGCGCGACUGGAGAAACGCGCAGGGCAAGCCCGUCGAGAACAGGGACCUCAUCGAGGAGAUUCUGGAUCUUGUCGACGUUCGCCACCAGUGCGGCUUCAUCACUCAAUUUGACUGGGUCAGGGGCCACGCUGGGCACGUCGAGAACGAAGCCGCCGACCGACUAGCUGUCGAAGGUGCGAUGGAGAACAAGAGGAAGGGUGCUUCCGAGGGCAAUGGAGGCCCUGAGUCUGCCGUGGCCGAGGAUGAGUUUGGGGAGGAUGUCUUCGCCGACGCGCAGGAGGAAUUGGGGACGGUGUGGAAGUGAGCAGAGACAAAGAGCCUCGCUCGUUUCUUACCUUUUCAUACUCAAACUUUUGUCCAAUUAUGGGUUUGAGCAAGGUAUAGCUGCUCUGGCUUAGAGGGCUUACUCUUCGUGCCUAGGAGCUCGGGCUGCAAGGAAAAUUACGAACCGGGUACGCGGCAUUUGGCUCUCUUGAAGGUUCGGGCAAAAGAAGAGAUAAUUGGACUUAUGGGAAAAAGAUUGGGUUCAGGGUUGAAAAUUCAAGAAAAGGCGUCCUUUCUUCAUUUUCUUCAUCAUCUGCCACCACACACGAUUCGAAGGCAGGAGAGGUCACACCGCACCUUUUGUGCCUUCGCCGCUCUGAUAUGACGGACAGGGUAGUGGACGAAGACGGACAUGUCGAUGCGAGAGGCCGCACUGCUACACGCAUACACAAUCGAGACCUAGUCUCACCAUAGCAUAGCUGAUUUCAUGUCACAGUCGUGUACCAGAGGCGGCUGCCUGUGCACACACGUUACAACUGCGGAACCGACAAAUCGGAAUAGUAAUUACGUUCUGUGCAAA